CACGAAGAAAAACAACAGGGUGCCACUCCAAGCCAACAGUCUGAAGUGCUCCUUCUAAGAAUUAGAAGCUAAAAGAUUAGCUUCGAGUAAUGUCUACUUUCGAGCUGCUGAUACUUUCCAGCUUCAUCUGGAUGAUUUCCGGACGGGAAGAGAUCGUCUGCGAGACUUUGCCAUCAUCCAUACACGUCACGAAAGAGGAGUAUGAUGAAACGGGAAAUUUAGUACGAAAUUGCGAAGGUAUGAUUGGGGUAAGCAAGUGCGAAGGAAUAUGCAGCUCUCAAGUUCAACCCAGCGUCAUUUCUCCUGGAGGAUUCUUAAAAGAUUGUUAUUGCUGUAAGGAAGAGUGGAUGAGGCAUCGUGAGAUUCUCUUGACAGAAUGUUACGAUUCGGAAGGAACCAGAUUAUACGGAGAGCAUGGCACAAUGGUGAUCGAAUUAAAGGAACCGGAAGCCUGUUCGUGUCAGAAAUGUGGAGCUUGAUGUCGAUAGUAUUCUUUUCUUUUCGUUUGUUUGUUUUUUCCUGUCAAAUUUUGAAUUUUGUUCGCGAAAUUUAUUAUAUGAGCUUGUGUACUUCAUAAAUUUUCAAUAAAAUUCACUUAAUCCAAAAUUUUUCUGCUAAAUAU